AAUUGUGACAGAACUCAAAAACUGCAAGUUCAGCUCCCAUAUUUGUAAUAGGUACAAAUACCAUAUUUGUAAAAGGUAUCAAAGAUUGCACAAUCUAAUUUUGGUCUGCCGAGAGAAAAAAAAAAAGGGUAGCACCUUGUCACGGUUUCUUUUCAAUUGUAGAUUUGAUUCAUAUUGGAAUUUCAAAGAUUUUCAUUCUCUAUCCAUAUCCUUUGUUUUCUAUAUAAACCCAAUUAGUUUUCUUGUGAUUUCUCAUCUCUCAGUUCAGUUCAGUUAGUUCAUUUCAUUCCCCUGUUCUUCCUCUGUCAUGGCUCCUCAUAAUGAUCCUAUCAACUCCAUCUUUAGUGUCUUAAAAUCCGAUAAUAAGGUUGAAUGCUUUGCAUUGUCUGAUGGCAAAUUAUGUGUCAAAGGAGUUCCUUUGCUCUCCGAAGUCCCCAGCAAUGUCUCAUUCAAAAGUUUUUCUUCGAUAUGUCACUCUUCCAAUGCUCCACUUCCCCUAUUUCAGCGUGUCCAGUCCAUAUCAAACAAGGGUGGGUUCCUUGGAUUCAGUAAGGAGGAACCAUCUGAUAUGUCGAUGAAUUCCUUAGGUAAGUUUAACGGUAGGAACUUUCUGAGCAUUUUUCGAUUUAAAACAUGGUGGUCUACACAGUGGGUGGGGAGUUGUGGGUCAGAUUUGCAGAUGGAAACCCAAUGGCUACUCUUAGAUGUCCCUGAAAUAAGGUCAUAUGUCCUCAUCCUACCCAUCAUUGAUGGUUCCUUCAGGUCUGUUCUACGUCCGGGCAUGGAUGGUCAUGUCAUGAUCUGUGCUGAAAGUGGUUCCACACAAGUCAAAGCAUCAUCUUUUGAUGCAAUUGCUUAUGUUCAUAUGUCUGAUAAUCCCUACAACUUGAUGAAAGAGGCUUAUAGUGCUAUUAGGGUCCAUCUCAAUACGUUUAGGCUCUUGGAAGAGAAAUCAAUCCCAUCCCUUGUUGACAGGUUUGGUUGGUGCACUUGGGAUGCAUUCUACUUAACGGUAGAGCCUGCCGGCGUCUGGCAUGGAGUGAAGGAAUUUGCAGAUGGAGGUGUCUCACCAAGAUUUCUAAUUAUUGAUGAUGGAUGGCAAAGCAUCAAUCUGGAUGGAGGUGACCCUCACGAGGACGCGAAAAAUCUUGUUUUGGGUGGGACUCAAAUGACUGCAAGGCUUCAAAGACUUGAUGAAUGUGAGAAGUUUAAAAAGUACAAGGGAGGGUCCAUGUUGGGUCCUAAUCCACCUCCAUUUGAUCCCAAGAAGCCAAAGAUGCUGAUCUCUAAAGCUAUUGAGGUUGAGCAUGCAGAGAAGGCUCGCGACAAGGCCAUCCAAUCUGGCGUCACUGACUUGUCCCAGUUUCAAUCACAGAUUGAAAACCUGAAACAAGAGUUGAAUGCUAUGUUUGGUGGAGAACAGGAUGGUGGUUCAAGCCAAACUUGUGAGAGCUGUUCCAGCAAAGCAGAAAAUAAUGGAAUGAAGGCUUUUACAAGGGAUUUGAGAGCACAAUUCAAAGGUUUGGAUGAUAUUUAUGUUUGGCACGCGCUAUGUGGUGCGUGGGGCGGUGUUAGGCCAGGAACAACUCACCUCAGUUCAAAGAUAGUCCCUUGCAAAGUCUCUCCAGGGCUUGACGGGACAAUGAGUGAUCUUGCAGUGGUGAAGAUUGUUGAAGGAAGCAUUGGGCUUGUUCAUCCUGAUCAAGCCAGUGAUUUCUAUGACUCUAUGCACUCCUACCUUUCCGAAGUUGGAAUUACAGGAGUCAAAGUGGAUGUUAUUCAUACACUUGAAUAUGUUGGUGAGGAAUAUGGAGGCCGGGUUGAGCUUGCUAAGGCUUACUACGAGGGGCUUUCAAAAUCCCUUUCCAAGAACUUCAAAGGAACUGGACUUAUCUCUAGCAUGGAACAAUGUAAUGACUUCUUCUUACUCGGGACAAAGCAGAUUUCUAUGGGAAGAGUUGGUGAUGACUUCUGGUUCCAAGAUCCAAAUGGGGAUCCAAAUGGAGUGUACUGGUUACAGGGGGUUCAUAUGAUCCACUGUGCCUACAACAGCUUGUGGAUGGGUCAGAUUAUACAGCCUGAUUGGGAUAUGUUUCAAUCAGACCAUCUGUGUGCCAAGUUCCAUGCUGGAUCGAGGGCUAUCUGCGGUGGACCUGUUUAUGUGAGUGACUCAGUGGGAGGUCACAAUUUUGAUCUAUUAAAGCUACUUGUGUUCCCAGAUGGUACCAUUCCCAAGUGCCAGCACUUUGCUCUCCCAACCAGAGACUGCCUUUUCAAGAACCCUCUUUUUGACAGUGAGACCAUUCUCAAGAUUUGGAAUUUCAACAAGUAUGGAGGGGUGGUGGGUGCCUUCAACUGCCAAGGAGGUGGUUGGGACCCCAAGGAAAAAAGAAUUAAGGGCUAUUCACAGUGCUACAAACCAAUGGCUUGUCUUGUGCAUGUCAGUGACAUCGAAUGGGACCAGAAGAUGGAAGCAACAAAAAUGGGUGAGGCAGAGGAGUUUGCGGUCUAUCAAAAUCAGGCUGAGAAGCUAUUCUUAGCGACUGCCAUUGAGAUCACCAUUCAACCAUCUUCGUUUGAGAUUUUCAGCUUUGUGCCGGUUAAGAAGCUAGGCCUGACCGCCAAAUUUGCACCCAUUGGACUGACCAACAUGUUCAACAGUGGAGGGACCAUAAUUGAGUUGGAUUACAGUGAGGGUGGUGCAGAGAUUAGUGCCAAAAUUAAAGUUAAAGGUGGAGGCAUGUUCUUAGCCUACUCAACUGAGUCACCGAAGAAGUGCUGUUUGAAUGGUGCCAAUGUUGGCUUUGAAUGGAUGGCUACUGAUGGAAAACUGACCUUGAACCUUCCUUGGAUUAAAGAGAGUGGUGGAGUUUCUGAUGUAGUUUUUAUCUUCUGAAUUAGGUUCCGAAUAUGGGUGAUAAAGAUGGGAAGUUUAGUAGAUUUUUUUUCUUUGACAAGAAAUUCUCAAGCUUAUUUUAUCCUCAAUUUUAUACUUUGAUGAUCACAUUCUGUUUUGGAUGCCAGUAAUUGACAAUUCGGUCAACAAUGUUAUUAGUAUUAUUAUUUUGUUUUAAUGAAGAUUGCUUCUUAGACUUUUGAUAUUAUAUGUUGAUUAAUGACCG